CAGAGCGCGGGGUACAUGCGGUGGCGCUCGGGAAGCGCGCCCGCCGCGCGCGUUCACGCCGGAUACCGCGUCGCCGUGCUCGCUGUCACCUCGAUCUAUCUACUGCAGGAGUGCGUCUACGCAUAUCAGGAGCGUCACGAUAUGACGAAGCUUUCACGAGUCAUGUUCCUUCUGCUGUGUCAUAUCACCUCUAUCGCAAAACAAAUUGUAUUUCAUACGGAUGCGGAUCGGAUCCACGAUAUGAUCCAAAGUUUAAAUGAUCCCAUUUACAACGCGUCGAGUGCAUACGCGCAGUCUUUGCUGCAGCGCACGGCGCGUGGCGCUCGUCUCCUGCUGGGCGCCUACGCUGGCUGUGCCGUGCUCACGUGCAUGCUUUGGCUGUUGUUUCUCGUGAUGCACCGCAUCGCCGGUCGGUCAGUCGAGUUUCCAUUUUGGACGGGCUUCCACACAGAUAGACCUAUUGUAUUUGUGCUGGUGCUACUGUACUCCUUUUACGUCACGACGUUGGUCGGUAUUGCCAACACGACAAUGGAUGCCUUAAUGGCGACCAUUUUGUACCAAUGCCAGACCCAACUAAGAAUUCUAAGGAAUGAUUUUCAGUCGUUACCCGAAGAGGCUAAAAAAGUGAGCGAUAGAACAGGAGAAAGCUAUGAAGCCGUUCUGAUGUAUUUUUUGGUUAAGGGUUUUAACCACUACAAGCGAGUAACGGAGACUGCAAAACUACUUCAAGAUAUUACUGGCGUAACUAUAUUAGUGCAGUUCGGUAUUGGAGGCUGGAUUCUUUGCAUGGCUGCUUAUAAGCUUGUCAGUCUAAACAUACUGAGCAUAGAGUUCACUUCGAUGACUCUCUUCAUCCUCUGCAUUCUCACGGAGCUCUUUCUCUACUGCUACUACGGGAACGAGCUCACAGUAGAGAGCGACCGCAUCGUGGGCUCGGUGUACUCGAUGCAGUGGGUGCGCACGCCGCACCGCUUUCGCCGCGCCGUGGUGCUGCUGAUGCAGUUCACGCGCCGUCCGCUGCGGCCCGCCGCCGGACGGGUCAUACCGCUCUCUUUGGACACUUUCCUCAAGAUUCUUAAAUCUUCUUAUACGUUCUACGCUGUCCUUCGACAAACUAACAAGUAA